GUUAAGAAUAAGAGUGAGUGACACUGCUUUAAAUAAAUGACACAGUGGACUGACCUGUUUUUGUGCAAAACUAUCUGCACUUCAGCUCCACAGGAAUACACUGAGCAUAAGUAACUACAGGCUUUAUCCACUCAGGCAGACCUUCUUCAAUAUUUCUAUUUGGGCUAACUAAACAGAAGAGUUACAGAUAAUCAGACAAAUGUCAGAACACAACAAGAGAAUUUCAUUCCCCCCUGCACAAACAGAGAGCUCAAGUUCCACUCGACACUUGUCAGACAGUAAUAACCAAUACGGAAGUAUGGAUAAAAAGAGAACAGUUCUGAAAGAUAACAGUUGGAUAAAACAUAAACCAGAAGAUUUAAGUAAUGAUGAAAACUAUGGGAAAGUCGUACUUAACCACUACAAGAAUGGAGAUGAAACAGACAGUGGUCCAGAUGCCCCCAGUCCCGAGAAGACCAAUCCAUUUCUAUCCCUAAAGAAGACACCAAAGAGCAAUAAAGAUCAAAACUUUGUUAAACCUAUUCCUGGUCAACUGAAAUCUGAAGAAGGAGUAGACAGGACCGUUACAGUGAAAACUAGUGAUUCACCAAAAGUGACCAUCUUCAGCUCAGAUCAAAAUGGACCUGCCAAGGCACUGCCAUCUUCACCAGUACAGUCUAAAACUAGUGUUACAACCAGAUACGGUCCCGAGGGAGAUACAGUCAUCACUACUACCACGAAAACAUCACAGGUGAAGUCAUCGACAAAGCCUGGUUAUGACAGAAGUUCGUCUAGAGAAGAUGUGGAAAAUAUUACGAAUAACAUCAAGACAACAACAGUGGAGGACAACUACAAGCCAAAAUCAGUGACUACAGUCAGGACUAACAAUAUAACCGAUGAUGACUGGCCUGACAGCAACUGGAAUUCAACCAAAGAAAGUACCACUGAAACACGAACUUACAUCACCAAAAAAACAACAAUAUCUGAAGAUAAACCAAAAAGUGUGACAACAAUUGAAACUUCAUCUGGCAUGGAUAUCAGAAAACCAGCUAAUGAGCCACCUAAACCCCCAAAACGAACAAGCUCAUCUACUCAAGAAACCAGCAAUGGUGGUCUUGACUUUGAAAUACAGUCAUUCCCUGAAAAAAGUGACACUGGCUCAUCUAAAAGCAUAAGCGACUAUGACUAUGGCAAGCAAUCGUCUUACACAGUGAAGAACGACACUUAUUCCCCAAGAAGUUCAGUCGACUAUGAUUAUGGGAAGCAAUCGUCUUACACAGCGAAUACCGACACUUAUUCCCCAAGAAGUUCAGCUGAUUAUGACUAUGAUUAUGGAGGACAGUCAUCAUAUUCCGUGAAGAGCAGCACCCUUCCUGGAAGAAGUUCACUAGACAAGGACUACGAUUAUGGAAGGCAGUCAUAUUCAGUGAAGACCAGCACCCUCCCUGCUAGAAGUUCAGUUGACUAUGACUACGACUUUGGAAGGCAGUCAUCAUACACAGUGAGCAGCGACUCUUUCUCCCCUAGAAACUCAAGAUCAAUUGACUCUUACUUUGAUUCCACUGAUGGACCAAACAGCCAGACAGUCAGCUAUACCUAUGAGACAAGGAACUCCCCAAGAAUUAGUACGUCUUACUAUGAUUCCAUUGAUGGGCCAAGUAGCAGACCGGUCACCUACACCUAUGAAACAAAGACUUCCAGUACACCAUCUCUUGAUUUGUAUGACAUGAUGACAUCCAAGGCAAUGAAUUCUGUUUAUGCAGGAAAUGAUCGGGCCACAUCUGAGAAAGAUUUUUGCACCUACUGCAAUAAACCAAUUAAUCAGGAACCAAAAAUGAUCCUGGAGCACAUGAACAUUUCCUGCCAUGCAUCAUGUUUCAAGUGUGGUGCUUGUGGUGCUCCUCUAGGAGGCAUGGUUGCUGGCGACAGCAUCUGGACUUACAAGCAAGCAGUCUACUGUGAACGCUGCUACAACAACCAGAAAGCGAAAUGGGCAUAUUAGACUCUGCAGAGAUAUCGGACACCAAAAAUGUGCAUUCUCAUCAGUUCCAGCUGAAAAUAGAAGAACUCUAUGCUAAAUUUAAAUUUAUAUUAGAUGAAAAUCAUGUGCAAAUUUUAAAUUUUAAUAGAAGGGAAAUAUUGUGAAAAUAUGUGACAUAUUAGAGUAGUUUUUUUACAAAUAAAGAAUUAAAAUACAGCAACAUAUCUAUUUUGCUCUAGUUUCAGAAUUAUGCAUAGGCAUCUCACUAUAGCUGAGGAAAUGAUCCCUAUAUAGUGCUAACAUUUAUGGAACAAAUUUACCACACAGCAUCUUCAUACAGAGUUCUAUUAUUUGAAUACAUUACUCCAUUAGUAGAGAUUUUAAUCCUGCAAGGUAAAAACUGCAUUCACACACAUAAGCAAGAAUGCAUGAUAGGGGGUGAGGUACAUUUGCUACUGUUACCAGGUACAUCUCAGUAACAUAAAUCACCUAUGACCCAUACUCUGAAUUCUUUAUUAUACGUAGGCAGUAUGCUGAAUAAGUCUGGUUUAUUAGUUAUUACACAUAGGAAACUGCAUUAUUUUGGAUUGCUACAGGCUUUGCCAGGUUCAGCAUUGUUUUGAUGUAUAGGUACUGUUACAAACAGAAGACAAGAAAAGUAUAUAUAUUGUAUACUCGGCAUGAUUCGUAAAACAUUGUGAUCAUUUAUUUGGUUUUCAGCUGUACUUUUGAAAAUCUUGAAAUUCUGAGCUUGUAGUAAGUCCAAAAUUGCUGAAUCUCAUAAAAUUCCUACUUCUCUAAUGUGGAAUGAUGUCAGAGUUGUAUAAAUAAUUAGUGGAGGUAUAGAAAUACAGCUCUCUAUAUCCAUGGUAGAUACAAGGGGGCUUGUCCCCUGCAAAAAAAAAUGUUUUUAAUGUGUCACAUUUGCCUCAUUUGUCUGUAGGACUGUGCUUAAUUUUUUUUUUAGUGUUCAACAAUUCUAACUUUUGAGUUACAUAAAUACAGCAUCAUUUAUUUAUAUGGGCAGAAUAAAAGGACAUGUUUCUGAAUGGAAAUGUUAUUAUGAAAGUCUCUCUGUAAAUGUUAAGUUUUUACUAGUGUACCAAUACAUUUAAAUAAAGAAAUUUAAAAACUU